AUCAACAAGCUAGGAGAAUAUCUCCUCGUAGAAAUUCUAAUUCGCAGCUUCCCAAUCCCUAAGUGCGCCUACUGCUGCAAACUUGUCUGCAAGCAGUGGAACUCUCUGAUCUCCGGUUCCUACUUCAAUAGUUGUUUCGUUUCUCACCAGAAGAGAAGGAAGGAAGGGGAAGGGGAACCACCUCUGAUGUUCUCCUACUCCCGGGAUCACGUCUUCGGCUUCCUCCCCGUGCCUCAGGAAGUUCGCUACCGAAGGGAUUCCUUCAUGGACUUGAUUCUAUGCGGGUUUGAGGAGGUAAUUGGCGAACUUGCCAGAUCUUUCUUUCUCUGUAAUCCGUUUACAGAGCAAUGGGUCGCUCUUCCUUUAGCGCCAGAAAAGUCGACUCAGUCUUCAAAAUUGUUCCCUAGGUUACUCUGCGAACCCCGUAGCUCUUGCAAUCUUGACCUAGGAGACGGGAAAGCAUUUGCUUAUUCUGAGUAUCGGUUCCGGGGUGGUGUGUUUAUAUCAACAUAUGUCAUCUAUAAAACUAGACGUGUUUUGUUCAGAUUUGGAGUGGAAUGUUUCUGUCUCACGAGGUGCUUUUUACAUAGUUGUACUUGA